AUGCCCAUCAGUUGCAAGUCCCGGUGUGGGAACCGCGCCGCCUUAAAGAGACCCAAAACUGGCGAUGCCUUGUGCAAGGAAUGCUUCUUUGCCGCUUUUGAGGCAGAGAUCCAUCACACAAUCUCGUCCAGCAAUUUGUUUCGACGUGGCGAAAAGGUGGCCGUAGCUGCCAGUGGAGGCAAGGACUCGACGGUAUUGGCUCACGUGCUAAAACUUCUCAACGAACGACAUGACUAUGGACUGGACCUGGUGCUGCUCUCCAUCGACGAAGGCAUCACGGGCUACCGAGACGACAGCCUUGAGACUGUCAAACAAAAUCGCGAUGACUACCAGAUGCCCCUCAAGAUUCUUUCAUAUGAGGAGCUCUACGGUUGGACCAUGGACCGAAUUGUGGCCCAAAUCGGACGCUCUAACAACUGCACGUUUUGCGGAGUAUUCCGUAGGCAGGCAUUGGAUAGAGGUGCAAAGCUGCUGGGUGUAGACAGCAUUGCCACGGGCCACAAUGCGGAUGACAUUGCCGAAACGGUGCUGAUGAACAUUCUCCGUGGGGACACCGCUCGCUUGCGCCGCUGUACAGACAUCAAGACAGGUGGCAGCGAAGACUCCAUACCAAGGGUUAAACCGCUCAAAUACAGCUACGAGAAGGAGAUUGUCAUGUAUGCGCACUACAAGAAACUUGUCUACUUUUCAACGGAGUGCGUCUUUGCCCCCAAUGCGUACCGUGGCCACGCUCGAGCGUUUCUGAAGGACCUGGAGAAAGUUCGGCCCUCUGUGAUAAUGGACAUAAUUUACUCCGGCGAGCAGCUGCGAUUCAAGGACACUGUGAAGAAGCCCGUGCGUGGCAUUUGCACACGUUGCGGCUUUGUCUCCUCCCAGCAACCUUGCAAGGCGUGUGUGCUCCUCGAAGGAUUGAACCGAGGGCUUCCCAAACUGGGAAUCGGCAAAAAAUCCAAAGGCGAUCGCAUGAUAGCCAAGCAAGACCAGGAACUAGCCCUAAGGGAACGUGCAAACUUAGUAAAAAACGAUUUUUAAUCUUUUAAAA